AUGUCUAUGCGAAAGAGUAUUGCUCAAGAGCCUACAGGAACUAUGUACGAUGAACAAGAACGUCAAAAAAAUCUACGACUUAAUCGUGAAAAACGUGAACCACAAGAACCUCGUCUUGAAUGGAUUUAUACCGGUGAUCGUACGAAAUCUGAAGAUUAUUUACUUGGAAAAAAAUUUGAUGCUGAUCCACAAUCAAAUGAUAUAACUGAAGAUAAUACAACAACAUCAACUACUGAUUUAGCUAAUAAAAUUCGUGAAGAUCCAUUAUAUUUAAUUAAGAAAAAAGAAAUCGAACAAAAAAAAAGAAUUUUAGAAAAUCCUGUUCGACUUAAACAACUUAAAGAACUUUUAGAACGGCAAGAAUCUGAGUAA